ACCAUCACCACAAUGGCAACUUCUCGCCCUAUUCAGGAGACUAUUACUGAACUUGAAGGAAUGCUUGAUAAUAUCAAUCAUUUAAUUGAAGACAAAUUACCAAAAAGUUUGCAUCGUCUGCAUAUAGAGAGUUCCAAUGCUGAACAAUUUAAGAAACAACUUGAUGAUUAUGACACAUUUCUUACGGAAAUAAAACAGCUUCUUUCAACAAGUGAAGUGAUUGAUCACCAAUUAUUAUGGUUGGACAGUCUUGGAUAUUUGGCUGGGAUUUUGCUAAAGUUGAAGUUAUUAUUUGGCAGGUUUUACUUACACAUUCCUUUCUAUGAAAUAGAACCAAUUUUUGAAAUGGCAUUAGCUCUUAAUUCAAGAGUAGUGUAUUUCACGGGUGAAUUUGGUGAAUUAUUUUCAAAAUGGUUAUUGAAUGAAGAUGCCUCACUUCAAUUGUACUCAAACAAUAGAAUUAAUCAAAUAUUACU